CACCACUCCCGGCUGGAUCUGACGGGGCUUGCAGAGCGCUGGCUCCCAGCAGCCGUGUGGCCGGGUUCUGGGAGUGUUACCCCCCCACCCUCCGCCUGUUACACCGGGCAGGAGCGUGGGAGCAGUAGUCCCGCCUGGCGCUGACAGCCUGUGGUGCCUGGGACGUGCUCAGACUGCCGAUGCGGCGCUCCCUCGCUCGGGCGCGGGGAUGUGACCGGGUUUGAGGGGUCGGCGGCGGUGGGGUGGGAGGGGGAGGCUGCUGGAGGAGGGGGAUUCGGCCGGAGCGGAGAGGGAAUGCCUGCCAGCUGAAGGUCAGGAGAUGCCUGCGGUGACAAAGAUGCCUCGUGAAGAGAAAGAUGUCCGUCGGAGCGAUUCCAUCAUCCCAUGCUUCCUAACGAUUGAGCUGCUGAUUAUGGUCGGGACAGUCUUGCUCACUUACUACUUUGAGUACACGGACACAUUCACUGUGCACCGACAGGGCUUUUUCUGCUACGACAGUACUUACAUGAAACCAUACCCAGGGCCAGAGGAGAUGAGCGUUCUUCCACCAGUCCUGCUCCAAUCAUUAGCAUCAGCCAUUCCCAUGGCAACAAUAGUUCUGGGCGAGUUGGCCGCAUUUGCCUUUCAGUCUGAGUUUGUCCGCCGUGAGCGAACGAUUGUGACGGCGGAUUGCUGCACUCUGAACCCUCUGGUCCGCAGGGUCAUCAGGUUCUUGGGGGUUUACACAUUUGGUCUGUUUGCCACCGAUAUAUUCGUGAAUGCAGGGCAGGUGGUGAUGGGGAGCCCCACGCCACAUUUCCUCACCGUCUGUCGACCUAACUACACAGCUCUGGGCUGUAACCAGCCCUCGCAGUUCAUCGUCUCCCCGGAUGCCUGCACCGGGAGCCCAAACCUGGUGACCAAUGCAAGACGAGCAUUCCCUUGCAAGGAUGCAGCACUCAGUAUGUACGCUGCUGUCUACACAGUGAUGUACGUUACCAUCAUGUUUCGAGCCAAGGGGACACGGCUGACCAAGCCCGUGGUGUGCCUCACCCUCCUGUGCCUGACCUUCCUCACCGGGGUGGUGCGAGUGUCCGAGUACCGGAACCACUGGUCGGAUGUGCUGGUGGGAUUUGUGACCGGAGCAGCCGUCGCUGUGUUUUUGGUCUGCUGUGUUGUUCACAAGUUUAAAGGGACGAACCCUGUUUGUAAGAAGGUGGGGAGCGUCUCGAAACCAGUCUGUGUGAUGCUCGCCCUCCCCUGUGUGGAAAGUCCACUAGAAAAGUUAAGUGUUGUUCAGAAUUGUCCAGCUGAAUUCUCAGAAGGAACAUGAACGAUCCUCCUGCUUCUUCCCCUCGACGCCGGAUGUGUUGAUCGCCACUCGGUCGGUGAUGAGUGAAGUCUGAAUUCCAGAUGGAACCCAGUGUGUGUACAGCUUUGCAUGAACAGCAGUCUCACUCAUGUAGAGUCUAGUGAUUGUCAGAUUAGUAGGAACAUUUCCCUGUGGUAUCACCUUUCGUUUCUGUUCUUCUCAACCCUUUGAGCAGAGCACCAAUCCUCUGUGUUGGCAAACACCAUCCCUAGGAGCAAGUACAGGACCCCAGUAGUUUUGCUGCUACUGCAGUUGGCAGAGAAAUCAGUAUUGCUGACCCCACGUCUACCUGGAGCUGUGCUUUGUUAAUGAGGCUGUUUGUGACCAGUCUGGGAGCUGAGAGAGUCUCUGCUCUCGGCUUAUUAAGUGGAUUAGGGAGAACUUUUCCGAACCUCUCCAGCAAAGGGCCUUCCAACAAAUGGGCUCUGAUCUUCAUUGCUGGGGCUCUGCAAUGUUAUUUCACUUGUCAUCUGAUUAUAUGAAUAAGCAUAGGUACCUUCUCGACAUUGGGUGGGGACUAGGUGGGAAUUGGGGCAGGGAUCAUCUGGACAACGGAUGGGGAACGUGGGAGAUCACCUGGACAUUCGUGGCAACUGGCUGUACAUCAGGUGAGGAUUGGCUAGGCAUCUGACAGGGUCACACUGACUGGGCAUUGGGGGGAGACUCUCUAGACAUGGGCUGGAGAUAGAAUGAACAUCAGUGGGGACAUUGGCUGGGAACCAAAUUGACAUCAAAGACAGGAUUAUCUGUGGAAAUCAGGUGGGUUUAGUCUAGACUGGGUGGAAAAUGUCUGAACUUCAGUGGACCUUGGGUGUAGACUGUCUGGACCUUGGAUGGGAAUAAUCUGGACAUCAGAUUAGAGCCAUUGGAACAUUAGACGGGGAUGACUAGAGAUUGACUAAAUGUUGGGUUGAGACCAUUGGACUUUGGACAUGGACUGUCUGGAUGUUGGGUCAGAACUGUCUGGAUACCAUCUAGAUAUUGGGAAGGGGUUGUCUGGACAAAAGGUGAGGGCUGAUUGUACAUCGGAUGUGGAACAUCUGGACACCAUCUUAACACUUGGUGGAGACCUACAGGGCAAAGGGUGGGGAUUGCCUGAACAUCUGAUGGAGACCACCUGGGAAAGUGCCAGAUAUCAAUGUCAUGGGAUACAAAGAGAGUAACACAAGCGCCCACAGGCUCCCCUCACUUGCCGUGGGUGGUCCAAGUGGCUGGUCAAGGUAAGGAUGUGCUGCUGAUGGGAGAUCCCAAUCCUGGACCCCCAGUCCACCAGCCUCGGAUGAAGAUCUCAGGUAAUUUCCGGGAGGGAUUUUGCCACUUCCAGUUCUUUGUGGAGACAGGGGUGUGGUGCAGAAUACGUACAGCUUCCCCAGAAGGAACCACUCCAGAAUUAUUACUCCUGCUAUCUUUGUAAUAGAGAAAUGCUUGUCAAAAGGAAAGGAAUUUUGCUCUAACCUUUGAGCUGUAAAAGGACAGAGAUCUCACAGAUGGAUGAAUAGCUUAGGCAUGGUUGUGAAUGAUAGGGUUCUCACCACUCUUCUUAGCUGUUAAUGCCAUUAUCAGUUGCUGUGUCAAGCAGAUGUGGUAGUGAAUGGGACAGGGUUCCUGGAAACAUUGAGAGAAGGAUCAUUCCGAAGUGCUCCUCAGGAAUGAACUAAUCCUUUUGGGGGUUCAGUGACUGACAGCUGUCUACUCUGUGCAGAAUUGAAUUUUCAUUAAAUGUUAAAAUACUUUUAUGAUUGAAAAGAAGCACAACAUGGUGUAUGUUUGGAUUAAAUUAAUAAUGUCAUCAGAAUAAAAUGCAUCUUG